GCAUCUUUGUUAUUUUGAGAGUUUAUAUAUAAUUUAGGUACAAAAAAAUAAAUAAAUAAAAAGUAAAAAUGUCGUUCACUGGAACCUUGGAUAAAUGCAAGGCUUGUGACAAGACUGUUUACUUUGUCGAUUUAUUGACUGCCGAUGGGACUAUCUAUCAUAAGUCUUGCUUCAAAUGCAGCCAUUGCAAAGGGACUCUUGUUAUGAGUAACUACUCCUCCAUGGAUGGAGUUCUGUACUGCAAGACUCAUUUCGAGCAACUCUUUAAGGAGUCUGGAAAUUUUAGCAAGAAUUUUCAAUCCUCAAAGUCUUCAGAGAGGGAGAAUUCAAUGACAAAGGCCUCAAGCAAAUACUCUGCCAUGUUUUCUGGAACCCAAGACAAAUGUGCUGCUUGCACCAAAACUGUCUACCCACUUGAAAAGGUGACUAUGGAGGGGGAGUCGUACCACAGGUCAUGCUUCAAGUGCGCACACGGAGGGUGUCCACUGACGCAUGCAACGUAUGCGGCACUGGACGGGGUGCUCUACUGCAAGCACCAUUUCGCGCAGCUCUUCAUGGAGAAGGGAAAUUACCAGCACGUCCUCAAGGCGGCGCACAAGAAGAAUGCGUCGGCGUCUGCCGACUCGGAGGGGGCGGAGGAGGAGGAGGGGAGCGCCGCCCCCGACAACGACAAAGAAGUGGCCGAGGAAGAAACGCCAGAGUCCUAGACGACGCGCCGCCGCCAACGCGUGUACGCAUUCGGCCGCUUUUUUCAGAAUUAUUAUUCAUUAUCGUUUCCUCGUACCGAUCCAUUAUUAUCCCUCCUCGCCGCCCAACUUGUUACGUUUAUUCAUCUAUUCUGUUUUCCAGAGUUGAGACGACGUAUACUUGUCAUUUUUGCCGUUUGAUUUGUUUUGUUUUUUUAUUUUUUGUUUUUUUUUUUUCUUGCAUUGUCGUCAUAAAUCUUCAUUCCUGUCAUGAAAUCCACCAUAUAUAUAUUGUCUGUUUUGUACUUUU